GCGCCGCAUCAGUCGGGGCGCCUGACCGGGAUGGCGGCGGGGAGCCGGGGCGCGGUGCUGCUGCUCUUCUUCUCGCUCUCCCCGCGGGCCCCGGGCAGCCAGGCGGCGUGGCUGCUGGGCUUGCGGCCGGAGGACACCUCCCCGGGCCGCGUGUGGCUGGAGCGGGGGGCGCUGCGGGCGGCCGAGGGCUCCCGCUUCUUGCUGCGCCUCUUCUUCCAGCCGCCGGGCCGCGAAGGAGGAGGAGGAGGAGAGGGAGAAGGGGGCAAUAGCAGCAGCAUCGGCGGCAGCGCGAAGGUGGAGCGUCGCGUGGUGUUCGUGGAGGAGCCUUCGCAGGCGGCGCGGUGCGCGGAGAGCAGCGCCUGGGCGUCGGACGUGGAGGUGCUGGGCCCGCUGCUCCCGGGCGGGGCCUCGGGCACGGCGCUGGCGGAGGUGCGCGUGCUGCACCCGCGGAAGGGCGAGGAGCGCAAGCGGGGCGGGCGGCGCCGCUUCGGCCUCUGCGCCUGGGACGGGGCGGCCUGGCACUUCGGCGGCUCGGCGCUGCAGGUGGAGGAGGCGCCGGGCGCGUCCGGGGCGGGCUGGGCCUCGGGCCUGGUCCCGCUCCCGGAGGCGGCGUGGCUGCGGGCGGCGGCGGCGCUGCUCCUGCUGGGCCUCUCGGCGCUCUUCGGCGGCCUGCGCCUGGCGCUGCUCUCGCUGGACCCGGUGGAGCUGCGCGUGCUGCGGAAGUGCGGCUCGGCGGCCGAGCGCGCGCAGGCGCAGAAGGUGGAGGCGGCGCGCGGGGCGGCCGGCGGCGGCGGGAGCGGCGGCACGCGCCUGCUCUGCACGCUGCUCCUGGGCCAGGCCGGCGCCAACGCCGCUCUGGCCGGCUGGCUCUGCGCCGCCAUGCCGGCCGGCGGAGACGAGCCCCCCAAGGGCGUGCCCUGGCUGCCCGUGCUGCUCUGCACGGCGGCGGUGCUGCUGGGCGGAGAGGUGCUGCCCUACUCGGUCUGCUCGCGGCACGGGCUGGCGGUGGCGGCGCACACCUUGUGCCUGACGCGCCUCCUCAUGGCGGCCGCCUUCCCGCUCUGCUACCCGCUGGGCCGCCUCCUCGACUGGGCCCUGCGCCGCGAGCUCAGCGUCUGCUCCGCCCGCGAGCGCCUCCUCGAGUCCCUCCGCGCCCUCCCCGACGAAGGCGGCCUGGGCGGCCUCGGCGGCGACUUAGUCAGCGGGGAGCUGGCCAUGGUGCAGGGCGCGCUGGAGCUGCGCAACAAGACGGCCGAGGACGUGCUCACGCCGCUCAGCCGCUGCUUCAUGCUCCGCGCCGACGCCGUCCUCGACUUCGCCACCGUCUCCGAGAUCCUCCGCUCGGGCUACACCCGCAUCCCGGUCUACGAGGGCGAGCGGCGCGACAACAUCGUGGACCUGCUCUUCGUCAAGGACCUGGCCUUCGUCGACCCCGACGACUGCACCCCGCUCCAGACCGUCACCCGCUUCUACCGCCGCCCGCUCCACUGCGUCUUCCACGACACGCGCCUCGACGCCCUGCUGGAGGAGUUCAAGAAGGGGAAAUCACACCUGGCAAUUGUGCAGCGAGUAAACAAUGAAGGGGAAGGAGAUCCCUUCUACGAAGUGAUGGGGAUUGUCACCCUUGAGGAUGUGAUUGAAGAGAUCAUCAAAUCAGAGAUUCUGGAUGAGACUGACCUCUAUACUGACGAUCAGAAGAAAGAGCGGGCACACCAUCAUCGAGGUAGGAAACCUCAUGACUUCUCCAUCUUCCAGCUUUCUGAUAGUGAGAUGAAGGUGAAGAUCUCUCCGCAACUACUGCUGGCCACGCAUCGCUUCAUGGCUACUGAGGUGGAGCCCUUCAAGAUGCCGUAUCUCUCUGAUAAGAUCCUGCUUCGGCUGCUCAAACAUCCAAAUGUCAUCCAGGAAAUGAAAUUCGACCACAAAAACAAACGAGCACCUGAGCACUACCUCUAUCAACGCAACCGGCCAGUUGACUACUUUAUACUCCUCCUUCAGGGCAGAGUGGAGGUCGAAGUGGGGAAGGAGGGACUGCGUUUUGAGAAUGGAGCGUUCACAUACUAUGGUGUUCCAGCCAUCAUGGCUGCAGUCAGUGCAGAUAACGAAGCUCGCAAAAUGAGCAGCCUGGCUGGAUCAUCAGUCCUGUUGCCUGUAUCCAUGUCCCGAACUUCCGCCUUCAGCAGAGGGGAAUCUUUGGCUGGCUCCCCAGUGAACCAGUCGCCAUCCCGUUGUAGUGGAUUGAACCGCUCUGAGUCCCCCAUCAGGGAGCGCAAUGACUACGGUGGCAGCAGCACCCAACUCCACAGCAGCAGCAACAACAACAUCUACACGCCAGAUUAUUCUGUCCACAUACUCUGUGAUGUGCAGUUCGUUAAGAUCACUCGGCAACAGUACCAGAAUGCCCUUGCUGCUAGCCGUAUGGACAGCUCCCCCCAGACCCCUGACAUAGAGGCUUUCGAUGGUGAGUCCACAAAGGCUCCCACAGCCAGAGGUACUCCACAGACCCCCAAGGAUGACCCUGUCCUCCUACUGCACGACCCAAGCAGCCUAUUGGUUAGCCACUCAGAUGGGCAUCUCAAGAGUCCCACAGACUCUGUGUUCCUGCACAUGGAGGGAAUCCCUCACAUCCAAGAGGAGUUGCUAGGCAGCACAGAAACUAACAGACAAGAAAAAAACGAGGGCUACAUUGUCAGGCUGGAACCUGAGGCCUCAAAUAGAGAAAUGGAGUUCACCACAUCCCCAAGUGGCCCUGAAGAACCCCUGGGCAAGAAGUUACUCCGGACCCUCAGUGAGAGGAGAAGACAGCCAUCAGCAGACAGUGAAAAGAGUCCAGAUGACAAUACUAACUUCACACCUCUCAUCACAUGAGUGGCAACAUGACUUUGCUUCUCCCACAGGUCUGCAGCAUGACAGCCAACUGUGACAAGAUCCAUGUGUGCGUGGUGGCACCUGCUUCUCUCUCACAUCAACUAUCCCCUACCUCUAGGGCUUGAGAGCCAGACAGCAGCCCUGUGAGCUUGAGAGGUGGCACCAGCACAUGGAGAGAGCUGAGCAGGACGGCUCAGUGAAAGAUGGAAACCCCAUCAAGGGUGUGUGCGGCCCCUGUGGGUAGCGUAGCAGGGCAGCAUCUCACCAUCUCACCACAGCUUCCGUGGGUCAAAUGCCCAAGGGAAGGGGGGCAGUCACCCAGCCAGCCCCCCUUCCUGUUGGAAGUGCCCGUCCUUCCUUUUGCAUGGUCCAGAAACAGGACCCCAGUGCAUGUUAGUGCAGCAACCACCUCACGCCAUACACUCUCUGUAUUCAUGUACACCUGACAGUUAUCCAAAUUUGCCCCAGACCCAUUGGUAUCUGUAACCAGCACCAACUGGCUUGGGGCUGGCACUCUGAAGGGCAGAUGAAUGCACUGAUCACCUGGGAACUCUGGACAUGACAGACAUGGAUGUGUGGCCUUCGAAGAAACCUGACCCCCAAGUCAGGUCAGUUCAGAGCAGAGGAAGUAUUGACAGCAAGUGUCUGUAAGGAAGAAAUAAAAUGUUCUUGUUUUACAUUAAA